CCACGUCACACAUACACACAGAAAUGGAGGCUGUGAACGGAGGCAAGAUCAUUCUCAGCCUGGGAAUCAAUCUGAUUCUAUUUUCUGUCGGUGCUGCAGGCGACUGUAUCGUCUCAAUCUACCAACCGCCUUAUCUGGACGUGAACUACACCCAAAAGCCCGUGACCAUGCAGUGCUCCUUCUCCACAGCGGGGUGCCCUGCAGAGCAACCAACAAUCCUGUGGUUUCGCUACGGCGCUCACCAGCCUGAGAACCUGUGCUUGGAUGGAUGCACAAAGGAGACAGACAAAUUCACAGUUGUGAAUUUGGCACAGGACAAGGUUUCCCUCACUAUAAACAGGGUGGCUUUCGAUGACAGUGCCAUCUACAUCUGCGGAGUAGCGUUUCCCAGCUCAGCGGGACCGAGAGCUAAGGGGACCGGAGGAGGGACGGUGCUGGUGGUAAGAGAUACAAAGGUUCUCAGCAAGGAACUCUUAGCACCGACGGUUCUCUUAUCGCUGCUGUGUGUCUACGUCACUGGUGUAUUCGGGGUCUUCAUCGUCCUCGCCAAAUCAAAAUCUAACACUCUAAGAAAGAAAGAAACAGAGAAUUCACAAAAGAAAAAGAGUGCUCGGCGUAUUUUUCAGGAAAUUGCUCAAGAACUAUACAAUAAGAGACACGCGGAAAGAAGCCAACAGCCUGAGAAAGACAAUACUUACGAAAACAGAAGAGGACUUUCUAACUAUGAGAUACCAUAGAAAUCUUUUAAUUUUCAAUUAAGUCACUGAAAAUCCAACUCCAGAAGUUAUGGAAGCGUUAAUGGACAUACACCCAUCAGGGCUUUAAAAAAACAAUUUAAGGUAAAUGGAAAAGACCAAUGGCUAAAAGAAGGAUGCCAUAAUAUAGGAAACUAUUGGUGACAAUAAUCACCAAAAUACUUUAAAGCCGAAUGUAACUGAAAAGUAUUUUCCUAAUUUGCUAAGAGAAUUCUAAGCAAACAUCUUCAAAAACUUUUAAUUUAUGUCAUAUGUCCUAGAUUUGUUUCAUUCAACAUACGAGAUGCAUCACUUGAUGCCUGAUACCUGAAGAAGAUCUGAAGUCAUACUGUGUGCCUCAGUCUUAAGUGGAAGAACUGUCUUCAUUGUUUGUAGAAGGGAUAGGCCAAUUAGACUAAGUUGGAAAGGAAGGAGGAAUGGAGGGAGAAAGGAAAGUGCCAGAAUUUGAGUUAGAGAGAAAUCAUCUUGAAAAGUAUUUUGGAGCAAACUUCUUUCGUCGGGUACUGCACUGGGGCAAUGGUUUAAAGCACAUUUUCCUGCGAGGAUAUGCAAAAUAACUUACAUCAUGCUGCCAAAAAAAGUGAGACUAGAAGAGACUCGAGACUAGAGUCAGAAUACAAUGACUGAAGUAUAGAAAAUCCAACGCAGAAGGUUAAACAGAGAAAACCUCAGAACAAAUAAGCCACAACAGACCCUAGGUGUCAGUCUUGUGCCAAAUAACAGCACCAGGGAAGGAUUCAGCAAUGCACUGUACUUGACAAUGCCUUUGCAAUAUUGAUUUUUAACCAACUUAGGAGGGAAAUAACAGUUAAGGGCUGGGUACAGCAAGAAUGUUUAUGGAAUUCAUUACCCUUCACUAAGAAAACAUGUUAUGGACUGUUCUCUGAAAAUUACUUCUGUGUAAAAAAAAUCUAUUUAAAGUGCCACAAGUAUACGUUCAUUAUUAAAUCUACUAUGUUUAUUUCAUUAAAGCGUUUCUCUUAUACCAGUA